CGACAGAUCGCGAUGGAUACGUUGGCGCAUCAAGCGAGGGAGCUGGGACGCGUGGAGGGCCGGGCAGAAUCGCUUGAGGAGAUCGCGGCCUUGCAUGCGCAGAUCGCCAUGCUGCAUGGUAAGAUUGAAGACAUGAUCCUGGCGCAGGGCAAACGGACGAAGGACUUGUUGUCGGACGUGUACAAGGACAUCAAGGCUACGUUCAAGCAGCACACCGACCUGCUCGCGCCGCGACAGGUCGUCGAGAUAUGCAAACCUAGUUUGCGACGAGUGGCAGAGCUGCAUUUGGGCAACCCAGUCAGCUCACCACACGACAUCACACCAGUCCCAUCGUCGCCGCUCGGGCACCUACACCGCUCGCAGUCGACGUUUGUGACUGCAGCCCCCAUCGUCGACAAGGCGGACGAUGUGCGUUCGAGGCGAAACUCUGCGCCAUCUCAACUAUCCACAGACGAUUCCUCUCUUGAUCCAGUCCUACGCCAGCCAUCGUCGUCCGAUCCAAUAGCCCCAUCCGUCACGCUGCACCCCGUAGACGUAGCAGUCUCUGGGUGUGAAAAGGUCGGAUCCGGCCAUACUGCGUACAUGGUGUAUUACGUCGUCGUUCAGAAGGAUGGGGCGGACGUCUGCGCCGUCAAGCGUCGUUACAAAGAUUUUGCAUGGUUGUGGGAGCGUUUAUCGGCGGCACAUCCAUUCGCGUGCGUGCCGUCGUUGCCGCCAAAAAGCUCCCUGUUGAAGAGCGGGCAGUCGCGGUUUCACCCUGUGUUCACAGAGCGACGCAGGCGUGUGCUGGACCGGUGGCUCACGCACGUCGCACUGCAUGAAGUCGUCGGCAGGUCCCCCUUUGUGCACGCGUUCCUGCACGACGCGGUCUUUGAUCAGGACUCAAUUUCUGCCCCACCGUCGCUGCCAUCGCCAAACCUCUCUCUCGGGCCAUUGCAACGCCAGCAACGCGUCCGUCGGACGUACAAAUCUCUCCACGAGGCUCUCCCACCGCUCCAGAAAAAAUUGCAAAUGGUCGCGAAACGCAGCGAUCAAGUGGUCAAAGCGCACAACGACAUGGCAAGCACCAUGGACGGGAUGCGCCAGUAUUGCUACUUGGUGCAGUCGUUUGAGCGGUCGCAGAGCAAUGUGCCGUUGUCGUCGACUUCGCCGGCGAUGGUGCCGUGGGAAGCCUGGCGCGCCGUCGCAUCUAGCCACAUGCGGCUGCAUCAAGACACAGCGCUGGUCUGGGAGGUGCACCUGCAAGAGCCGUUUGGAUUUGUGCACGAUCAUGUGCUGCCACGAUUUGAGCGCCAACUGCACGACCUCGGGAAGGACAUGCCAGCGGCCAGUAUGACCAAGAUGGCCGUCGAAUGGGACGAACUCACGGUAGUCCGGGCGACAACAAUCGUGACGAGCUUGAUUCAAGCCGCGAUGCAGUUGCAAACACGCCAUCAAAGCAUCGUAAACGAAUGGAUGGGGCAGCGCGACCAGCUGCUUCAAAGCGACGACGGCGAGCCGCGACUACUGCCCCCCAAAGCGCCCAAGCUCGCUCGAGAUCCGAGCUGGGACGACGCUCCGCCGCUCAUCCAUCCAACGCUGAAGCGACCGCUCAAGCCGUUCGCCAUGACGAAUGUCGCAGACUUGGACGAUGAAGUCGAAGCGCAUGAAUUGUUUGGGGUCGCGGCGGCGCAUGCCGCCACGAUGCUCGGACCGACCGGUGCAUAUGACGACGACGCGACCGCCGCGAGAACUCUGUUUGGAUCUCUCGAGUCGUCGUCAUCGUCCAGUGAAGAUGACAUAGAUGUGCAUGACCGACUCAAGGAGUCGGCGGCACCACACACGGCAACGUCGCGGGACUGGGACUUGUACAUUGAGCGGCUCCGGCGAAAGCAAAUCACCAAGGCAAAGAGAGCCUUGGCUGUCCAGGAAGAGCAAGCUGCGGCUGCCGCCGCCGCCGUCGCCGAAGAAGAGGUGGGUUUUGCAUUUUGUGUCGCCGUCGAAAGUUGACGGUCGAGAUGCGGUGUAGGCUUUAGUACGCAGGAUGAGAAAGCGGCCGCAGAGUUUGAAUUGGCCUGGAAAGCGAAGCUCCAACUUGCGCCUGGACGAGCGCGUCAAGCACCAGCAAAAUCAAACCGCCGCCGACAUUGCAGGGAAGCGGCGGCAUCGCAGCGCCACGUCAAGCCUAGACGAAGGUACUCGUCAAUGAAGCGUGAAGCGUACUGACGAUGACAUGGUCUCGGUAGCCGACGCGGUCGCAGUUCCACCUCACGGCGCCAGCACGUCAAGCCCGCCGUUCACUCUGGCGUCGGCGACUACACGACCGGAAACGACGAAUUGGGUCCAAGUUGAGACGGAUGCGGGCCAAGUGUACUAUUACCACAAACUCACCCGGGCCACACGAUGGACCAAGCCGGAUCAGGCCGUCAUGGACAGCAUGGAAGAGCGGCUGCUUGCCCAGCAAGAAGCCACGCAGCGCCGCCUCGAGGUAUCUCAAUGUGUUGGUAAUACUGCUCUCAGGCGGCAUCCCUUGCGUAGGAACGACGACAGUGGCAUGAAGGCAAUCGAAUGCAGCAGGAGAAGGAUGCCGACGAAGCCCAACGCCAUGGGCAAGCGAUCGACACCGCCGUCGCUGCGUGGACAGCGCACAAAGAUGUGGUCGCGAUGCUCAAUUCGCUUCACGAGAUCUUCCCCUACAAAGACAUGCGUCCGUGCCACAUCGCGGACGACACCCCGGUCGCGGUCAAGAAAGCAUACAUGAAGGCCGUGCGGCUUCUCCACCCCGACAAGCUCCUCCCUGCCGACUUUACGCUCUACCAGCGGAUGUUGGGCCAACACCUCUUCUCCACGCUCACCUCGUGCUACGAGAAGUACCAAACGGCCGCCGCAGCACCACCUCCCUGAUGCUUCGCCAUCAUAUGUCCCCGUCACCUGCUCAUACGCCCAACGCUGUUUCAAAAUACUUCGGACGUUCGAAAUUGAUGCAACGUUGGG